AGAGAGAGAGGGAGCGAAAAAGCCAACGAUAUACAUAUACCAUUUACAUUGGCAUACUCAGUGUACCCACGGAACGCACAGAAAGAGAGAGAGAGAGAGAAAGAAAGAAGUGCUACAAAGGAGUUCUCUCUCUCUCUAGUCUCUAGCAGUUCUGAGUGCUGGUGUACGUGCGUGCCGCGACUCCCCGAGCUGUUCCCGAGCGUGCGUGUAAAAGGGACGACCGAGAAAGCGAAGGAAACGCCGUGAAAACCUCCGCUUACCCAUCGCAACUUCGUACGGAGGCGCAGAUUUUUUUGGGUACGCGUGUGCGCACACGCUUCUCUGUGUGUAUAUAACAACGCGAUUGCUGUGCGCGAAUUGGUCUCUCUUUCUCUCUCUCUCUCUCAUUAAUGCAGUCGUCGUCGAGAUCGAGUUGAAAAUCGUAGUCAUCGAAAUCGUUGACUGCAUUCGAGGCAUCGUCUUUGCGACUCGCGGUCUGUGCAGCGCAGCUGAUACACGGGUGCCAGAGCAUCAACAACAUCGACGAGCUUGAAUAAAUUAUGCUCGUUGGUGCGAGGGACGACGAGAGCUGUGCUGACUGCAUGAACCGUCCGCUAUCGUCGCAGCCACGAGUCAAAUUGUUCGACUAGCAGCAGCAACAGGGCAACAACGCAGCAGCAAUAGCAGCCGCAGCAGCAGCAUUAGCAGAUGAACGGCGCCAGUCUGUCGCGCUACUGCUGACUGACCACGAUAUCAACGCUCGCGCUUGUGUAUUGUGCAGUCGUCGGCCCACAAACGUCGACGACGCCACUCCAACGCAGCAUUAGUAGCAGUACUUGCUAGUUCUUUGCGAAUAAAGGCCAAACAACAGCAGCAACGACGUCGACCACGGCGACCACGACGUUUUGUCCAGCUGCAGUAGCUACUGCAGCUCUUCAGGUAUCCACUGCCGCCACGGCCUUCACCGACAUGGUCGGACUUGCAGGCGGGGGCGGCCAUCUCUAUCCCUCGCCCCCGAUGCAGCCGAAUCCUCCCGAAAUGAGAGAAUUACCUGUGAUCAACAGUGCAGCUCCAACAAGCGCUGACGCUUGUCUUAGUAUAGUACACUCAUUGAUGUGUCACAGACAAGGUGGAGAAACUGAAAGUUUUAGUAAACGUGCUAUUGAAUCUCUUGUCAAAAAAUUGAAGGAAAAGCGAGAUGAACUAGAUAGUCUAAUAACAGCAAUAACUACAAAUGGAUCCCAUCCUAGUAAAUGCGUAACAAUACAAAGAACAUUAGAUGGACGAUUGCAAGUUGCUGGGCGAAAGGGCUUCCCUCAUGUGAUCUAUGCUCGUAUUUGGCGAUGGCCUGACUUGCACAAAAAUGAACUGAAGCACAUCAAAUACUGUCAGUUUGCUUUUGAUCUCAAGUGUGAUUCCGUUUGUGUUAACCCUUAUCACUAUGAACGUGUUGUUUCACCUGGCAUAGAUCCCUUUUUUGCAGAUCUAUCGGGUUUGACGUUACAAUCAGGAGUGUCUGUGUUACCUGGUGGACGACUUGUAAAAGAUGAAUACAGUGUUGGUGGAGGAGGUGUUUCAACUUCUGGUGUAACUGUUGGUGGGGGCAUGGAUGUUGAUGGUGAAAUGAAUCAAACAAUUCAACAUCAUCCUCUUCCUCAGUCAUCAUCUCAAUCAAGUAACUCGCAACAGAGCUUUGUAUCUGUAUUACCUGUUACUGCAACUGGGUCAAAACAAGUAAUUACAACAACAAACUCUGUACCAUCAAGUAGUGGCAAUAAUUUGUUUAGUGGGACUGAAUCCAAUAAUACAAAACCUAACAUUUCAUUUGAAGGAAUCAAUAAUCAACAGAGCUGGGCUGACUAUAAGAAAUUUAUUCAACACUCUAGUUGGAACCAGCCACAAGCUCUCAACUCAAGUAAUGCUAGUAGUAGUGGUCAAAUACUUACUUCCUCAACACAAGGUCAAAGCAAUGAGUUUUAUGGGACAUCAUCAACAACUUCACCACAGGACCUUAAUCAAAGUGCACCAGCAUCAGUAGAUUCACUAGCAGCAACUUUAACUGCAGGAGGUAGUCAAGGUUCUCCAGUCUCACCAGUUCAUUUGCAUCAUCAAAAUAAUGGCUAUAACGUAGGAACAGCUACUAAUCCAUAUAACACCGGUGCACCACAAUGGACAGGUGCAAAUACACUUACGUAUACGCAAAGUAUGCAGCCACCUGAUCCUCGGCAUCUUCAACGUACGACACCAUAUUGGGGAAAUCAUAGUAGCGAUGUGACUGGUAAUAUGAGUGGUGGCUUACUAUCGACUCAACCCGCUCCCGAGUAUUGGUGCUCGGUAGCUUAUUUCGAACUGGAUACUCAGGUUGGCGAGACAUUUAAAGUUAGUAGUAGUUGCCCGACCGUCACCGUUGACGGAUAUGUUGAUCCCAGUGGAGGGAACCGUUUCUGCCUCGGUGCCCUCAGCAACGUUCAUAGAACCGAUCAAAGCGAACGAGCUCGGCUUCAUAUCGGUAAAGGUGUAGUGUUGGAUUUGAGGGGUGAAGGUGACGUCUGGUUGCGCUGUCUCAGCGAGCACAGCGUAUUUGUUCAGUCGUAUUAUUUGGAUCGCGAAGCAGGACGUGCGCCGGGCGACGCUGUUCACAAAAUUUACCCUGCUGCCUACAUCAAAGUAUUUGACUUACGGCAAUGUCACAAGCAAAUGCGUGGGCAAGCAGCCACAGCUCAAGCUGCUGCUGCUGCUCAGGCGGCUGCUGUAGCUGGUCAUCUUACUCCUGGUGCGCCGAUUACGAAAAAUCUCAGUGCAGCAGCUGGUAUCGGUGUCGACGAUCUUCGUCGUUUGUGUAUUUUGCGACUGAGUUUUGUCAAAGGAUGGGGCCCAGAUUACCCUCGAACGAGUAUCAAAGAUACUCCUUGUUGGAUAGAAGUUCAUUUGCAUAGAGCUUUGCAGCUUCUGGAUGAGGUAUUACACACAAUGCCAAUCGAUGGUCCACGUGAUUAACAAAUCGGCAGCAUCGAAAUAGCAUCGGUUCAAAACAUCUAAUUUGAUGUGACGCGAGCUAUAGCAUUGAACUUAACAUGGAUGACAUAGCUCAAGAGCUUGCAAGUGUCUCACAGUUGUAUGCUCGAGACUAGAAGUAUAAAAAAAGCAGAUUAAGCUGAAAUCAUUGAAGCUGUCAAGUUAAAGCCUCGAAAAAAUGAAAAAUUUUCCCGAACAUUAGAAACGAAUCCAAUAACCAGUGACAUAAUGAUUUAUUGUAUAAAUAUAUUGGAUAAAAUAUAUGAAAAAAUGCAAUUGAAAAGUUUAUUGAUUAGCUCGGUCGAAGAACAAAAAAUUAUUCAAUUGUUGUUAGGGCAAACUUGUUUUGGUGAAAUUAUUUCAUACGCGCCUCUGUACAUUAAUGAAAAAAAUAUUUGGAGACCAAUGACGUGUGUGCAGGUAGUUUUUUAAAGUGGUAUUGCGCGGAAACGCAAAUGAACGUACAAAUGAAAUUUAAAAAAAGUCUACUGAAGAUUAUAUAAAUCUUCCCAAGCCUUUUUAUACAUUGUAUUCUAGAAAACGUUACGGAAAAUAAUUGAAAUCGUCUCACGUGUGUUGUUCUUCAAAGGAAAAAAGCCUGUGGUCAGGCAGUGUGAUCAUGUAUACGUUAUUCAUUUAUAAAAAUAGAACUAUAGUGAGGUAUAUGGGAAGGUGUUUAUAAUGGACAAAAAUUUUAACUGAAUAAACAUGAUGAAUUAAUAUUAGCCUUCCUCCAAAAUUGUUUGGAUGUGUAAAAAGAAUACUAAGGGAUUACUAUUAUUGUGUCAUCAUCCAUAUAUUUUUCAGAGGUGGAACAAGCUGUUGUAUUUUUUUAUUAAUGAUUUGAUGAGUAAUUUCAAAAAGUAUUUCAUCAUUUUUAUCCUGUUCUUGUCAUGUUCUUCCUGAGGUGUUUGUUCCUCCUCAUGUAUGUUUUUUUUUAAAGUUACUAUAUCAUGUAGUACUUGUUGAAUACUUAUAUAUAUUUGCUGUUAAUCAAUUUUUUUUAUUACAUUUAUCAUAUUAUGUAUUCAUAUUCGUCGUGAUUCAAUUAUUGAUAUUAUAUAAGAAUUAGAAAAAUAAGUGCAGAUUAAAAAAUGUAAUUAUAAUGAUUCGUUAAAUUAUUAGAAUCAUACUCAGUGCAUUAAUUCAGCAAUCAUAAAUAACGAGUGUGUAGCCAAGAAACAAAUACAGUUACGCAUUCAUUAUUACUUAAGACUAUGUCGAUUAAUUGUUUAAUCUAAAAACAAAAACAAUAUCCAUUUAGUAGUGCUUUGCUUAUUUUUCUGCUUUAUUUGAAGGUAAUUCACACUGCAUAUAUGAGCAUUGUUUGAGUUUUACUGUCAAUUGUAUAUGUAAAUAUAAUUUAUAUGAUCUCAGAAAGGAAUUUAGCUUAUUUAAAACAGUCAUUAACGUGUAAUUUGAUAAUGUAGUACUGAAUGUUAAUUUAAUUGUUCUUGAAAUUCAGAAUAAGUAUUACAUAUUUUUCAAAUCAAAUAAAAUUGUUCACGUCGUAAAAUUUUCGUUUUGUCUAAUUCAAUGGCACUUAGAUAAAUUAUCGAAAUUAUUAUCUUGUGAUAUUCCGUUCUAAUAUUGCAUAAUUAAAAAAUAUUUUCAAAAAUAUUAAAAAUCAUCUGUACAGUGAAAAGAUAUAUAUCUUGUUCUGAAGAAUAUUGAACAAAAAACAUAAAACUGCUACAAAUGAUUGAGUGCCACUGUGAUGUUGAAAAUGGAUUUUAAAAAAAUAAUGAAUGCAGAUAGUAGAACCUUGAAUAUACAAGAUGCAUUAUAUGUAGUUGUGGGUAUAAAUAGUACCUUUUUAUAUAUUAAAUAAGAAUACAUAGAAAAAUGAAAAAAAGUGAAAAAAGAAAUGAUGUGAAACUGUUGAACUGCCCUUAAAUAAAAAGAAAAAGAAUAAAAAAUGUGGUACAAAAUUAACCAUUGGUAAAAUCAAGGUGACAAAUUUUUUCUGUGACUCUAAUAAACGAGUAUAAUACAUAACGAAUCACUGAAUUGUAGUGAAUAGUAAUAAUAAUGAUCAACGUGCCAUCUAUUAAUCUAAUGAAAUAUUAAAUGAUACAUUUACAUCAAUAAAAAUAUCUAGAAAUUUUUUACAAUAAAAAAGAAUUUGCUAUACUGUAUUUUUCACGCAUAAGCAGUACUGAAAAUUAUGAAAGAUGAAUUGUUUAGGAUGAAUACGCACGUCGAACUUUUUCUAAUUCUGGUGCUGAACAUAUUACAUAAUCGUUUUUUACCUAACUACAUGAGUUUAGAUGAAAUUUGGUAGAAGAGAUCGUUUUGGUAGGGGCGUAAAAAAUCUUUUACAUGUACAAAAUAAGGUAUGUAGUUUCUAAUUGAAAGUUGUUCGAAAUGCGUUGUAAUUCUUGCGAUAUUGUAUCAAAUUUUAUUUGAUACAGAUAAAAAAAUACGUCUAGUUACGUGUAAUAUAAUUAUUAAUAUUCGUGCUUCAUGCUACCAAAUGGUCAAUGUCAUUUUGAUUAAAACAAUAGUAAAAAUUAUUUUUGUAUUCAUUCAAGACUGCUACUUUUAAGAAAAAUGUUUAAUCAUUUACUUCAAAAAAUACGGGAAUGAGUUUCAACUCUAGGUUGCAUUAUGGUGACCAAUUUAUCAUGUACAGCUGAGCAUGAAUUUUGAUAUAAAUUUGUUAAAUUUUGCGUCGCCUACCUAACUCUCGUUCAUUUCAAGCAAAAAAGGAAAAAAACUAAAUUCAAAGUUCAUAAAACAAUUGUAUAUAAAUAUUGUUUAUUGACCAAAAAUAUUCUCGAGGAAAAUGACGCUUUUGUCAAAUUUGCAUCUAUUGUUUUCGUUUACAUACAAAUGUAAAAAAAAAUGAAUAAAAAAAAUUAGCGUCUACAUCUGAAGCGUGCGUUUCGAUAAGAUUUUUAGUGUUCUAUCAAGAGUUACAAAUGAAAUCAGUACAAGAUUUAUAAGCCUGCUAGCCUCUAUAUUAAAUGAGUAGAUAUAUAAUCCAUAACGACGUACCUAAAAUUACACUCAUAAAUACAUAUAUAUGAAUCGAUAUAUUAUUGAAAUUUGAAUGGUAAAAUAAAAAAAUUAACAUGCGUAAGCUUAUUUUUUCGUUAAGUAUGUAUUUUAUAACAUGUAGGUACUGUUGACGCAUCUUCUUUUUAUACCCGGAUCGACAUAUAAGUGCAAUAUAUGAAUCACUGAAAAACGUAUUUAAUAACUAUGUGUAAAACUUGAUAUGAUUUCAUAAGAAGCUUUUUAUUAUUCAUUCAUGGAGUAUCUUAUAAGUGUUUGUAAAAGUCAUUGUUAGAAAAAUUGUUUGUGAAAAUUGAAAUUGCUACUGUUAUAAUGUAAUUAUGCAAAAAUUAUAUAGCAUUGGAGCUUCAAAAAGUAAGUUUUCGUUAGAGUACUUUUGAGUUAUUGCGUAUCCAUUAAUAUAUAUAUUAUAUAUAUUAUUCGUCUAUAAAAACUGUUUGCAAAAUUGAAGUGUAGAAUAAAACUUUUUUAAUAUACAUUUUAAAAAUGCAGAAAGUUUUAUGUUAGCUCAGCUAUCAUGUCAUUACUUUAUUGUAACAAAAUUCUGUAAGAACCAUAAAACGUGUGUAUAAAAUUAUUAUUCAUGUACGUUAUUUUUUUA